AUGAACAAAGCGCUGAUUAAGGGCAGUGAACUCAAGCAGCCAGAGAAGCUGCCGGAAGUUUACUUUGCUAUAAAUACUCCUGUUCUACUCCAUCUUCUUACUUCCUUCCAUGCUCUCGUUUAUCAAAACUGCAACAACUGCCUUCACAACAACGGCAAGAUGACUAACGAAGAGAAGAAAAUGACGAAGAAGGCCGCAAAGCCUAUGGCAAGAGAUCAUUGA